UUUAUUUUAGAAAUUUUAAUUCAUAGAAUAUUCAUAGAAAGACAAAUCAGAAACAAAAAAAAGGAGAGAGAAGUCCUGAAAGAAACUAGCUUUAACAACCACCACAUGCCAUCUUACAGUAUUCACCAUUAUCAGGAAUCUCCUUAACCCUGCUUUCCUCUUCAACUUGAGAACUCUGGUUUUUGGUUAUCAAAAGAAAAAAUUAACAAGUGAGAAAUGCAGAUAUCAGGAGUAACAAGUGAGGGGUUGGUAGCAAUCCCUUCAGCUGGAACCCCCAGUUUCAGACACUUCCAUUCCAGCCACUUCUUCCUUUCUUCUUCUUUCUUCAAAAGAUAUCCUUCAAUUUGCAUUCCAAAGCUAGGAAUGGCACCAGAUAAGUGCCGAGCAAGAUGCGUAACUAUGAGAGCAUCAGCGGAGUCAGAUGAUAAUUUGUCACCAAUUGCUCCUGUACCAUUUGAAUCUCCAGUUGGCCAGCUUUUGUCACAAAUAUUGAGAACUCAUCCACAUUUACUGCCUGCGGCCAUUGAUCAACAGCUGGAGAACCUUCAGAGCGAUAAAGAUGACCAGAAAGAAGAAACUCCACCAUCUCAAGAUCUCCUUUACAAGAGAAUAGCUGAAGUUAAAGAAAAGGAGAGACGAAGAACAUUGGAGGAAAUAAUAUACUGCUUGAUUGUACAGAAAUUCGUUGACAAUGAGAUUUCAAUGAUUCCUAAGAUAAUGGCAACUUCAGACCCUACUGGACGAGUGGACUUUUGGCCAAACCAGGAAGAGAAACUGGAAUCUGUUCAUUCUCCUGAAGCAUUUGAGAUGAUACAAAACCACUUAUCCCUUGUACUCGGAGACCGAGUGGUUGGUCCCCUCAGUACCAUUGUUCAAAUUAGCAAGAUCAAACUUGGAAAGCUCUAUGCUGCUUCUAUAAUGUAUGGAUAUUUCCUUAGAAGAGUUGAUCAACGGUUUCAACUUGAGAGAACAAUGAAAACCCUUCCUGGGGAUUUCAAUAAAGACCAAGAAAGAUAUAAGGAUCCAAAUCCAGAGAAGCAGCUCUGGGAUCCAGCUUCAUUGAUUGGGAACCCACCCUAUGAUGAUGAUGAUGGUGAUGGAGGAGGAUACAUGGACGUUGAAGGAAAGUCAUAUAGACUGAGAUCCUAUGUUAUGUAUUUGGAUUCUGAGACACUUCAGAGAUAUGCAACCAUAAGAUCCAAAGAAGCUAUUUCUUUGAUUGAAAAGCAGACACAAGCACUAUUUGGGAGGCCUGACAUUCGGAUCCUUGACGAUGGUUCAAUUGAUACAUCAAAUGAUGAAGUAGUUUCCAUCACUUUCACUGGGUUGACAAUGCUAGUCUUGGAAGCAGUUGCAUUUGGUUCGUUUCUAUGGGAUGCCGAGAGCUAUGUUGAAUCAAAGUAUCAUUUUCUUAAGAGCUAACCAGCAUCUUUGCAAUUGCUAUCAGAUGAUCCGAUGCUCAUUGCAGCUAUGUAAAUUGUGAUGAAUGAUGAAAAGUUCUUCUACUCCAUGCUGGUUUUGAUGGAAUAUUACAUUGUAAGUUUGUAAAAGUUAGGAAAAAGUAGACAAUACCUAAAAAAAAACCUCACAUUGUUAGAACAACAUAGUAUUUUGACUUUAUUUGCAGAGCUGUCUUGAUUCAGAAAGUUCAAAGUCUUGUAUUUUGUGCUUUUGCCACUCAAAUUGAUGGUCCAAAGUGGGGAAACUCAUGAAGUAUAAACUUGAAGAUGGAGGUUCAGCACUUUCUUAUACUACUGUCGGUAUCUCGUUAACAUUCAAUCCAUGUAAAAUUUCUUUCUAAUUGCAUUAUAAUUUGUCAAUUAAAAAUCAGAUAAUAUGGUUUAGGCCAAAGUCUCAUAGGUCUCAAUCCCUUUCCCUAGACCGCUAUGAACAACUUUGAAUACACUCACAUGGUUGGGAGGUUCCCAUAAUGAAUUGACCAUUGGU